AUGUCUCAGUUUCAUCAAAGCAAAAAAAAAAAGCAGUGCCUUUUUUCCAACUUGCCAUUCAUCUAUCUUCUUCUCCCUUCCUUAUGUUACAGUUGGCAUUUUUCUCCACUGCACCGACCCAAUAUCGAACAGUGGCAAUCACUAUGGCAAGUAGUGGUAUGGGAAAAGCGUUAGCAUACGAAUAUGCUAAAGAUCAUCAGCGGCUUGUUCUUUUCUGUGAUGAUACAAGAGCGUUGGAGGCAAUAGGCAUACGGUGUUUAGUACUUGGAUCCCCAUCUGUGGAAACGAUAACGUUGAACCUCAGGAAUACUAAGGCAGUGAACGAUUUUUUUGCAGAGCAAGUGAAUCAACUGCAAAUCGAUCUAUUCAUCGCCAAUGUAUUUCUUCGCCCGUUUGACGUUCCUCAAAUGAACGGACCCAGUCCGAUAGAUGAAGAUACGGAUUAUGUUACCGGGAUUGUCCCUAUCUUAUCACUGUUUCGCUUAGCACAAAACUUGGGGAGACGAUUCCAAAUCGCGGGUAAACAACGAACUAACAUUUAAAAUAAUUACUUCUGUUUGAAUACGGAUGGUCUAGCGAAGAUACUACCGUACUCUGUGGAUCUUUUGGUACAAUUCGAUGUUGCGAGAAGUGCCAUGAGGAUG